AUGUACAGCCAUACAGAAACCACUGAGACAAUUGGAAGGAUAAAUAGACUUAUAAAAGGAUGGCCUGACGACGACGACGAGGGAUAUGACAACGUCAGGAGCGUCUACAAAAAGCUUUUUGUCGGGCUUAACGAAAUCAAAGCUACGGCCGAACGUGAUGCAGAUGCCAUCGAAGAGGUUAUUGAAAGUAUUGGAAUUUUAAUAGCACUCCGCAAAGCAUCCGAGACAAAUCCUCCAGAGAAACGAAAUAAACGCCCACGAGCUCACUCACCCCCGACAAUCCCUACACCUACGCCGGUACCUCAAAGCUCGACAGUUCGCACGAUGUCUAUAACAGUACCUCCUCGAACAUCAGUGGGUCCGCAGCCCUCCAUUCCAUUCUCUCGUGAGCCGAAGGCAAGGCGAGAAGCACUUGCAAAACAAUUACCUCUGCAAGAGGGUCGAAAAGUAGCGUUCCAUCCGCCACAGAAUUCUAGCAAGGCAGCCGAUAGUGCAAGUGGUGGAAAGGACGAAGAAUGGAUAUUGGCCGUUGUCACGAAAUGUAUUAAUCAGGAUAAGAAUAGGUUGACCAAUAUUCGUCUGUACGAAGUACAAGAUCCGGAGCCUCAGGAAGACGGGCAACCUGGGCAGUGUUAUAAUACAACACUACGCGCAAUAAUCCCACUUCCGGAUCUCAACUCCCCUCCCGAUAGCGCUGCCCACUUGAAUGCGUACCCGGAAUUUUCUUCCGGUUCAACUGUGAUGGCACUCUAUCCGGAUACCAGCUGUUUCUACCGGGCGGAAGUAGUUGCCAGCCCAAGUGACAUGCAACCGGCCGGGCGGAAUGGCACUGUGUCGAAAAUAUACAAAUUAAAAUUUGAAGACGACGAUGAUCAGGAGCAUAACGUAUCGGCACAGUGGGUAGUUGAAUGGCCUGGUGGGCCUUGA